AUGUCUUCCGAGAAUGAGAAAUCUGUUGGAUUACAAGAACAAAAUCUUCAAGACGUUUCCUUCAAGUCUGAGAGUCAUGAAUCUAUAGAAAAGUUCAUCACUCAAGGAAACAUGGCCUACGCACAAAAAGACUACGAGUCGGCAGUCGAAAAAUACAGCCAGGCUUUGAUUGAAUCUGAAAAUAAUUAUGGUUCUGAUAGUCUUGAAAAUCGGAAUAUCCUAUGGUUGUAUGGAAAGGCACUUUUCCAAGUUGCUGUAGCAAAUAGUCAAGUCUUAGGAAAUGCUGUAGAUCCAGAAGAGGGCGCAGAAGGAGAGGAAGAAGAGCAAGCAGAGCCCAUUGGCUCCUUUUCUUUCACUGGCCAAAAGAUAGAAAACCGUUAUGCUGCCCCUGCAACAAAUGAACAAGCAGACGGUUCAGCACAAGAUAAAAAGGAAGAAGAAGAAGGACAAGAAGAGCAAGAGCAAGAUGAAGAUGACUUUAGUGUUGCUUGGGAAGUUUUAGAUUUAACUCGGGUUAUGCAAACCAAUGCUAUAGAAAAACACCCGGAGUCGUCAGAUGAAAAGUUACGUCUUGCGGAUGUUUUGGACCUACUCGGUGAGUUAUCCUUAGAAAUUGAAAAUUUUGCACAGGCCUCUGAGGAUUUGCAAUCUGCUCUUCAUUGGAAGGAGCAGGUUUACAAAGAAGGAAAUACUUUGCUUAGCGAGGCCCAUUAUAAAUUAGCUUUGGCUCUUGAAUUUGCAAAUCCAAGCGAUCCUUCCACAAAGGAUCGCGCCCGCGAGCAUGUUGAAACGGCAGCUAAUAUUUUACGGGAUAUUCUCGAAAAACGAAAAUUAAAAGAACAGGAAAAGAAAGGGAAGGAAAGGGAAGGAAUAGAGGAAAUUGUCGGGUCAACAAUUGAUGAUUUGCAAGAAAUGUUGGGUGAACUGGAGCAGAAAGCUUACGAUUUGAAACAUGGUGCACCUUCUCUAGAGGAGGCUGUAGCUUCUAAGAUGCACGAAUCUUCUCUUCUUUCCGGAAAAGAUGGAAAUUUGGCUUCCGCUGUGGCAGACGCAUUGCAGAAUGCAAAUGACUUGGGAGGAGUCGUCAAACGCAAACGACCCAAGCAAGAAUCUCAAGCCACGCAACAAGAGGAUCAGAACAAAAAGCCAAAAUCAGAACCAGAAUCUGAUGAAAGGCAGGAUCCAAAAUAA